AUGAAGACCAUUUUAAUAACAUUAGCCGCUGUCUUAGUGGUUGUUAAUGCUGCCGUUUGUCCAGGUGGGCAAUCUGAAUGUCCAGCUGGUACUACCUGCUGCAACCUAGGUAGUGGUCAGUAUGGAUGCUGUCCAUUCCCUAACGCUACAUGUUGCGCGGAUCACGAACACUGCUGCCCUGGUGGAUACACAUGCAAUACUGGUGCUGGCACUUGCCAAGUAGGUACUACAGUAAUUACUAUGCGAAAGAAAAUUCCAGCUACACCUGCUCCUGCCAAGAAUGGAGUAUGUCCUGAUGGUCAGUCUGAAUGCCCGACUGGAACAACCUGUUGUAUAUCAGCCUCUGGUGCUUACGGUUGCUGCCCAUUCCCUAAUGCAAGUUGCUGCUCAGAUAAAGAACACUGCUGCCCAAGUGGUUAUACAUGUGAUGUUUCAGCUGGUACAUGUACAAUGGGUCCCUUGCAAUUACCUAUGUAUGCUAGAUUUGAUGCUAAAAAAAAUAACAAAAAGGUAAAGGUUAGCCAACCAGCUAGUAAUGGAGUUUGCCCAGAUGGUACUUCGGAAUGCCCAGUAGGUACUACAUGCUGCAAGUCAGCUUCUGGUUCGUAUGGUUGUUGCCCAUACCCCAAUGCUACUUGCUGCUCCGAUAUGGAACACUGCUGUCCUAGUGGCUUUACUUGUGAUGUUAGCGGUGGUACCUGCCAAAUGGGUACUGUAAAAUUGCCUAUGUUCGCUAAAUUAUCACCAAAAAAGGUCAAAGCUCCAGCAGCUAACGGUGUUUGCCCCGACGGUAUCUCUGAAUGCCCUAGCGGUACCACUUGCUGUAAAUUAGUAUCAGGAUCAUAUGGAUGCUGUCCUUAUCCCAACGCUGUUUGCUGUUCCGAUCAUGAGCAUUGUUGUCCUAGUGGAUACACAUGCAAUGUUGGUGCUGGUACGUGCCGAGCAGGUAACAUCGAAGUGCCCAUGUUUGCCAAAUUUUCCGUCAAGAAAGUAAAAACUCCAGCAUCUAAUGGUGUCUGUGCUGAUGGCCAAUCAGAAUGCCCUGCAGGCACAACAUGUUGCAAAUUAGCUUCCGGCAGUUACGGCUGUUGCCCAUAUCCAAAUGCUACCUGUUGCUCCGAUAACGAACAUUGCUGCCCUGGCGGAUAUACAUGUAAUGUUGGUGCUGGAACUUGCUCCAUGGGUACUAUCAAGCUACCAAUGCUAACUAAAAUUCCAGUUAUGAAGCGUGCCCCAAGCCCAAAGAAUGGAAUGUGCCCUGGUGGUCAGUCCGAGUGUCCAUCAGGAACUACAUGCUGCAAACUAGGAUCCGGCUCUUAUGGUUGCUGCCCUUUCCCUAAUGCAACUUGCUGCUCCGAUAUGGAACAUUGUUGUCCAUCAGGAUUCACUUGCAAUACCGGUGCUGGUACGUGCUCGUUGGGCAAGAUAGAACUACCAAUGUUUGCCCGAAUCUCUGCCAAGAAAGUCGAGAAGUCUAAAAAACCCAAGAAAAACUUCUUCAACAUGUUUAUUUUGUAAAUUAGAUCUUAAUUGUGUCAUUUGUGAACUACCGGCUAUUAGGCUGUAGCAAAGUAAAUUCAUUCCUUAAAAUCUUGCAAAAGUAGUAGAUAUUUUGUGAUUGUAAUGCAAAAUUCUAUGCUGUAGUACUGGCUAUGACUAAAAUAAAGCUACCCGUAUUUCUUUA